UUUCAGUCCAAAGAGUUUGAAGAGGAGACACAUGGGCUUGAUUUGCAGAUACUUUCUUUUCCAGAAGCACCCAGAAGAGCUGUUACUUUGAAGCCUAUUAUUAUUUUGUUACUUUUGCCUUGAAUCUGGACACAUUACACAUUUUGACAAAAAAGCUGGUGAAGUGUUUUGUUCCGUCAAAACCACAGGAGAGACCAUCACUGUUUGUGUGAGACUGUGGCCAUGUCGGCUGACAGACUGAGCAACUUGUCAAAGGGGGAGAAGCCAGAGAGCUUGGUGCUGUGUCCUCUGGUCUCAGCAGCUGCCCCUGAGCAGGAGCUGCUGUGUAUCUUUGGGACGGGGGACUUUGGGCGCUCUCUGGGCCAACGUCUGCUCCAGUCUGGCUACAGGGUGGUGUACGGCAGCCGCAGACCUCACAGCUGUGGCCCCUUGCCUCAGGGAGCUCAGGCGACGAGCCACGAGGCAGCAGCCCAGUCAGCUGGUCUGGUCUUAGUUUGUAUUCACAGAGAACACUAUGACUUCCUGGAGACACUUGCACCUCAACUCAAGGGGAAGGUUCUGGUGGACGUCAGCAACAACCUUAAGAAGAAUCUAUACCCAGAGAGCAAUGCUGAGUAUCUGCAGAGUCUGAUCCCUGGAGCUCAUGUGGUGAAGGCUUUUAACACCUUGUCUGCCUGGGCCUUGCAAAAUGGACCCUCAGAUGCCAAUAGACAGGUGUACCUGUGUGGAAACGAUGCCAAGGCGAAGCAGGCGGUAGCAGAGAUGUCCACCAAACUGGGCUUCACUGUUCUGGAUAAAGGGUCUCUGUCAGCAGCCAGAGAGCUGGAGGACUUCCCCCUGCAGCUUUUCCCAGAGUGGAGGCUGCCGCUACGCGUGGCUGUAGGCCUCCUCGCUUUCUUCUUCUUCUACCUGCUCAUUAGAGAUGUCAUCUACGCCUAUGUGGACAAAGGAAAAGACAUCUCCUUCAGAAUCAUGGUGUCCCUGGCCAACAAGGUGUUUCCCAUUGUGUCUCUCAUCAUGUUGUCUCUGUGUUACCUGCCUGGUGUCAUAGCUGCCUUCCUUCAGCUCUACAGAGGAACCAAGUACAGGCGUUUUCCUGACUGGUUGGAUCGCUGGAUGCUGUGCAGGAAACAGCUGGGACUUGUAGCACUUGGUUUGGCGUUUCUACAUGUGCUUUACACUCUCAUAAUCCCCAUAAGAUAUUAUGUGAGAUUCAGAAUUUCUGAGAGUACCAUCUCACAGAUAAAGGAGAACAGAACUUCAGUGUUUGACACCACAACUGCCUGGCGUGCUGACUCUUACUACUCUAUGGGGAUUCUGGGAUUUGGCCUGUAUCUCCUGUUGGGAAUAACCUCUCUCCCCUCCGUCAGCAAUGCUCUCAGCUGGAGAGAGUUCAGCUUCAUACAGUCCAAGCUGGGAUACCUCACAGUGUUCUUCUGCACCUUUCACACCUACCUGUACGGUUGGGACAGGUUCCUGAAAUCCUAUUCCUACAAAUGGUACACUCCUCCAGGCUACUUGCUCUCUCUGGUGGUGCCUUCGGUGUUGAUUGUGCUCAAGCUGCUGCUCCUCCUGCCCUGCGUGGACCGCAGCCUCAUACGCAUUCGACAGGGCUGGGAGAGGAAUGAUCCAGAAGUAGCCAGUGAGAAAGCACUGCUAACAUAGAGACUAUCACAAUCACAAUUAUGGACAAUGAUAUGAUAUGCACAAGAAAACGCAGACACUAAAGACACGUUGGCCUUGCAUAAUCAACAGGUAACCCCGGCUCAUUGUUUUGGAUGUCAUGGAUUCAAGACCUUACUAUUACAGAGAAAAAUGUUUGGAACUUUUUAGUCCCUCUUUGUAAUCAGCUUGUAAUUGUUCCAUGUUGUACAUAGUACAUGACACAGUGAAACUGUGUAGGCUUAUGUAAAUGACUUGGAAAUACAUUAAGACUAUAUUAUAUAUAUAUAUCCUUACAGCAUUUUAACACGAUACCCAUAUGCAUCCAUAGUUGUUUCAGCCUCUCACUCUGAGACAGGCGACUUUGUUGCAUUUCCCUAAACAUCAGCAGCAACAGGUUGACUUGUAUACAUCAGUUUCUCUUCAACCUUCCUCUACAGUAUAUGGCGGCUUAUGUUUAUUGUAUUUUCUUGAUAUCUUUUUUUAUUUUUUAUUUUGGAUCUUUCUUAUCAAUGUUGGAGUAGGUCAAGUUGAACAACUGUUCAAUAAACUUAGGCAUGACUGAACAUAACUGUCCUUUUUCUCCCUUCUAUAUAUAUUUCAUCCUGUCGGAAAGCUCAGUCAAACUCAGGCAGUCUCCCCGCAGAGUUGAGUGUGCUCUGUCUAGUCGUCUAGGUCUGAUCCCUCUCCGGGUUCAUCCCUCUGGCUGAUCUGAUACAGUUCUCCAGGAAACAUUCUAUCUGAGCUGCAGGCUUCUCCCCAGUCACUACAGGAUCUCAUCACAUCAGUGGAGAGAGGAGUGUGCAGACUCCUCCAUCACAGAAGUCCUCUGCAGAGAGGAUAUAAUAUUUGGAUGUGACAGUGUAGAUAGGCCCUUGAUGUGGUGCUGCAGCAAGUCAUUUUAGUUGAUCAUGAAGGGAGUGAAGAAAGCAAAGAACUGAUAACUGGUAGUUGGUGGUGACACAUGAUCUAGCAUUCAUCUAUACACUUGGACAAGCAAGCAUGAAAACAUGCAGUAUGUUGUCAAAUUAAUGAAUGCAUUCAAAGCACACCACAAACACACACCUGUAGUGCAGGAAGUUGAAGGAGGGAAAAAAGAGAAAAAAGAAACCAUGCCUCAAACAAAAAUACUCACCACAUGGUGUGAAUUAGCAUGAAAAAAAACAAAUUUAAUAUAAUGAAUGAUUAUGCUCAUAUUUUUUCAUACUAGAGGAAAUGCCUUGACAGAGAACAAGCUGCUAUAAACUUUAUAUUCAUACUAGACAAUUUGACUAUUUUCAAACUUUGCCAUCCACGCUUUUACCAAUAAAGUAAAACCUCAACUGGCUCAACAGGAGAGUGGGCUGGCUGAAGCGGCCUCCAACAAUCACCGCCAGUCCCACAAGACCGACAGAUCUACAGUAGUCACAAGUGUUCCCCUUAAACAACACAUCCAGACUAGCAAAAGUGAAUAUGUUAGAAGAUUUACAGAAGAAAAUGAUCUACAUAUUAACUUGUCCAAAACAAAAGACAUGUAUAACAUUAAAUAAACUAAAAGGCUAAGUGGAAUAUCAAAAAGGGUUUGUUUACAAUAUUCUCUCAUAGGACCUGUGAUCUUCCUCAAAGCCUCAUUCAUUAUUCAUAAAUCAUGAACAAUGGUUUGGCCACAUGGGGAGCAUGAAUAGUCUUUAUUGCUUUGUAUGUCCCUGAAAUUCUGUACGACUUUCACAAGAAAUGUUAACGCGCUUGAUCUUUAUCUUCAAUUAAUGGGCAAAAAUGAUAAUCAUGAUAAAAAACUAAACUGUAAAAUAAUUUUCCUGAAACUCCUUAUUAGGGUUAGAGUUAGGCUACCAGUUGAACAUUUGGCCUGCAUGACAAGCCUUUGGUUGGCAUAAUGUCUGAUGUCCACAUGUGGGACCACAUGUUUUCUUUCUGUGAGAUCCAGAAGUAUAUAAAGAAAAACAACAUUUUAUCUUGAAUGUUUUUUAUAAAUAAAAUUUGGCACUUUAUAUAA